AAUAUCGAAACGUCAAAACUCAAUCAUUGUCCUCUCCAUCGCACGGCGCAGAUUGGCUGUCGUGAUUGCGAUUGAUUUUCGUAUUUUUCACCCCAAAAAUCCAGUGUUUCUCUUCGGAACAAUCUCCCCAGCACACAAUGAGUGACGACUAUUUGAGUAAACCGCUAUCUUUCGGAGCUCCGGCACCGGCACUUCCAUCUCAGCAAAUUCAACCCUUGUCGCCGUACCUGAACUAUGACACCCGCUACCUGCAGUCCCAGCCAGAGUUUAUCUUCCCCGAGGGCGCCUCCAAACAGAGGGGUAGAUUUGAAUUGGCAUUCUCACAGAUUGGUUCGUCGGCGAUGAUCGGAGCGGGUAUCGGAGGAGUAGCAGGCUUUUACAAUGGAGUGCGCGCCACUGCACUGGCCAAUCAAACCGGAAAGCUGCGUCGAACACAGCUGUUGAAUCAUGUGAUGAAGCAGGGAGCAGCUACCGCAAACACCCUUGGCACCCUGGCGGUGAUGUAUUCCGUCUUCGGCGUGGUGCUCCAGUGGGCGCGUGGAGAGGAUGAUGAAAUCAACACGAUAGCGGCCGGUGGUGCCACCGGGCUGCUCUACAAGUCCACCGCAGGCUUGAGGAAGUGUGCCAUGGGAGGAGGAAUCGGUCUGGCUUUGAGUUCGCUCUACGUGCUAUGGAACGUCACCGGCGGGAGCUCGAAAAAAUUGAAAGAACUGCGAUCGCAGUACAUGUAGAUUAUUCGAUUUAGUUCCCAAUUAGGAUUAUGACGAGAAGCUUAAAAUCACUAUAGGUUCAGUAGGUAAAUUCGAAGCGUGUAGGCCACGAAGCGAUCGGUUCUCUAUCAUCGUUGAUUGAUUUGUCGGCCAAAGAAAGACACACCGGGAACAAGUGUUUCCUUGAAAUGGGUUUGAUUAUGUAUGUUUUAAGGUACACUUGUCAGCUGUGAUUUGAAUAUUUUUAAAAUAUUUUCAUUGUACGAAAAUGGCACUCUAAUUUAAGUUCUGCGUGUGAGCAACUAAUAAAUUGUAAUUGUAUUACAUCGUU